GUAAAUAUUAUGCAAAUCGAAAAUUGUACUGCUGUUUUUAAACUUCUCCCUUACAAUAAACGAUUUUCUUAUGAAAAUUUUAUUCAACUUGCCCGCCACGGGAUAAAUACAGAAUAUAAUCCUCGACGAUUCCAUUCAAUAAUUAUGCGAGUUCGGCAUCAGGAAUAUAAAACUACGGCGGCACUUAUUUUUCAAUCUGGCAAAGUUGUUCUCACUGGUGUUCCAACCCCUUCUCUGGCAAACAGAAUGGCUUGGCGUGUAACUAAAAGAAUCCAAGCUUCAUAUAAGGCAACAGGCAAUGACUAUUCUUAUUUAAAAAUUGGUGUGAGGAAUCUUAUCGUCACAAAUAUUGUUGGUGCCUAUCGACAUCCAAAAAAGCUGGCAAUUGAACGACUUUAUUUGUAUCUUCGGCAACGACAAAAUAUAACUUGUUAUUAUGAACCAACAAUAUUCCCAGCACUUCGUUUUAAAAUAAAAAUAGAAGCGAGGGAUGGAGAAGUUUCCUGUCUUUGUUAUAUUUCAGGACGUGUAAUACUGACUGGAUUAAAAUCUCAAAAAGAAAUGGAACCUAUUUUUGAAAAUGAUAUAUUACCAUUACUUGAAAAAUUUCCACGAUUAUAA